GAUUGCCCCCCUCUCCUCACUCUCCUUUCUCUAAUAUGAAUUUUGAGGCAUCAAACUCUUUCUGACUCGGUUUGGCCCGAUUGCCAUAUGCAACUGACGCUUUAAAAGACAAAUUCUCGAUUAUAAUUUGACGACUAAUUUAUGAUUUUAAACUUAUAAUAAGCUAUUUAAAAAGCCAACUCGAACACGCCUAAAGCAAAAAAACAUUUUAGCUUUCACUCACUAACCCCCAAAAUACAACACUUGUUUUGAAGUGGGGUGUGAGGUGAGGCGAGGCGAGGUAAGGUGAGGUGAGGUGGGGGCGUAGGGGGAGGAGGUUGUGUUUGAAAUUAAGUGGUGCUACUAGUACUACUAUUAAAUAUAUAUAUGGGGUUGCUGUUUCUGUUGCUGUCAAGCUGCUGCUGCUGCUGCUACUAGUGCUGCUUCUUGCAGGCUACAUAGAAUAGAAAUAGAAAUAUAGAAGGCGGUGGUUUAGCUCUCUUCUUUUGCAGUAACAACACUAGUUUUCUUAACAACCCCAUGUAGGGAAAAAUUGGUUUUAAGUAGAAACAAAGAGGAAGUGAAAGAUCUUUAUUGCAGUUGAAUCGAAGAGAUACAAAUCUUUUAUGGGAAGAGGCUAAAGAGAAACGAGCAAGUUGAAUCUCGUUAAGAAACAGCUGUGUUUUGCUAGUUGGUGGUGGAAAAGAAGGGAUUUUUCUUUGCUUUUUUUGACAGGCUUUUCUAAAGGACAAAAAGGAAGUUUGAGGGUUGGAGUUGAAUUUACUACCAACCCAAAAAAGAGAAGAAGUUAUGGAUGCAUAUGAAGCUACAAAAAUUGUAUACCAAAGGAUUCAAAGUUUGGAUCCUGAAAAUGCCUCAAAAAUCAUGGGGAUUCUUCUGAUACAAGACCAUGGUGAGAAAGAAAUGAUAAGAUUAGCUUUUGGUCCAGAAGCUUUAGUUCACUCAGUGGUUCUUAAAGCUAGAAAAGAACUUGGUGUUUCUUCAAACUCACCUUCUACACCUUCGACCCCUUCUUCACCUUCACCUUUUGGUGGUGGUAGUUCAGUGUGUUUUUCGAGGCAGAAUUCUUCUUCUUCAGCUACUUCUGGUAGGAUUCUUGGUGGUCUUAAUCUUCCUUCACCUCUUAGCAUAACCAGUAACAACAACCACUCUUCAACUGUUUCUGCUUCUUGGAGUACUACUCCUAGUUUCUCUGACUUCCAAGACGCUGAUCUAGUUAGUCCUAGUGCUUCCACCAUCUCAUAUCCUCCUGCUAGUACUAAUGGAAUCAAUAAUUCCACCAUGAAUUCCUCUGCUCCACCCUAUUAUUGUAAUGGGGAAGUGGACUUGAUUGAUGAGUUUCAACUACAGGACCAGCUUUCUUUCUUGAAUGAUGGGUCACCAACUUUGGGGCCUAAGAAUCCUGAUGGCUACUACCCACAGCAGCAAGAUUUAGCUUCAAGUCCAAGUGGAGAUUCCAUGCUUUUCUCUCCUUACAACUGGGGUGGUGGCUGCACCUCAGUCAACGGGCUCCCUCAUAGAAGGAGCUACUCAGUGAGUGAUAUUUGUUUGGGACCUGAUGACCCAAAUGGAGGACUUGGCUGGAAACCUUGCCUCUAUUUUGCUAGAGGGUAUUGUAAGAAUGGAAGUAGCUGUAGGUUCCUUCAUGGUGCUGGUGGCCCUGGUGAGAUGAGUUCUGAAGUUGGGUCACCAAAUAAGUUCGAGAUGAUGGAACAUUGUCAUGAACUUCUCAGAUCUAAGUCAGCUCACCAGCAAAGACUAGCCACAGCUUCUCAGCUCAUGUCUUCUUCUAACUUCCCUCUCUCUCCCAUGGCUGCUAACAAAUGUAUGAACUUUCUUCAGCAGCAACAGUUGCAGUCUGCCGAGAGUCCGAGAGCAGCAGCAGCGUUGAUGAUGGCAGAUGACUUGCAUAAGUUGAACAGAAGUCGUUUUGAAAGAGGAGAUUUUGGACUGAAUGGUGGAGUUGGAAUAGCAAAUCCAGGUUCAAGGCAAAUUUACUUGACAUUUCCAGCUGAUAGUACUUUCAAAGAAGAGGAUGUUUCCAAUUAUUUCAACACUUAUGGGCCUGUUCAAGAUGUGAGGAUUCCAUACCAGCAAAAGAGGAUGUUUGGUUUUGUCACAUUUGUUUAUCCAGAGACAGUGAAGACCAUUCUUGCCAAAGGAAACCCACAUUUUGUGUGUGAUGCAAGGGUGCUUGUUAAGCCUUACAAAGAGAAGGGCAAAGUCCCAGAAAAGUUUAGGAAGCAACACCAACAGCAGAUGGAGAGGGGAGAAUUCACUGGAUGUGGUAGUCCUACUGGUCUAGAGUCCGGUGAUCCUUUUGAUCUCCAGCUUGGUGCAAGAAUGUUUUACAAUACUCAAGAUGCGAUAUGGAGGAGAAAGUUGGAAGAACAAGCUGAUCUGCAACAGGCUAUUGAGCUCCAAAGCAGGAGAUUGAUGAAUUUACAGCUUCUUGAUGUCAAAAGGAGCAACCAUCAUCGCGCCCUUUCCAUGGGUGCUGUUAUCCCAUCACCACCUCACUCUCCAGGCUUGUUCAAUCAUAAUAUGGUUCGCUCCACAGACUUCGGUAGCCGAGAAGAGAAUGGUUUUGUUCCAAAAAUGGCCAAUCUUGGUGCUAUUUCUACCGAGCAAACAAAUGCAAAUCUCACUGCCAAGGAGAGAGAAGGCUUCACAGCUAAAGAUGAAAAUAGCAAUGGCAAAGAAAGUUCCAAGAAGGAAGCAAGUGACUGUCAAGAAAGCAACUUGGAGCAUAAUUUGCCAGAUAGUCCGUUUGCAUCUCCUAAAGCAGUUGGAGACUUCAGCACAACUUUCUCAAAUGAUGCUGCUGGAGAGGCUGACAAAGGUGCUGGAUUAAAUGCAUCAUCAUCUGCUAACAAUAAUAUGAUCCCUUCUUCAUCCUUGUUUCCUGCUGCUAGUUCACUAGACAUGACUCCUUUCAAAUCAUGUUACCUCCAAGUGCCUAGGUUCCCUUCAGGACAUGGCGCCAUUGGAAUGUAGGCCUGGACAGCUUGUUAUGUUACGUAGUUUAGCUUCCUUAGUUUAGGAAGGAAAGAAAGAAAAAAAGAUGACGAAUGUAACCAAAGCAAAAACAAAAAAUACUACCAUCACGAAGAAACUAGCAUCAGCAGCCAGCUAAACAUAUACACUACUUACUACUACUACUAUACAAAAUAUGCAUACUACAUAAAAAAAAAAAAAAAAGAUGAUGUGUGACAGCCAUGUUGUAAAAUGUAUUUUCAGUGUCUUUUUCCAUAUCUCUCUUGUAGUUGAGGCUGGCCCCACAUAUUAAAGAAAAAGGAAAAUUAGCCUUAGGUAAGAAAAAAAAGAAAGAAAGAUCCAAUGUGUAAUUUCCUUCCUCUAUCCCUAAGCAUUAUUGGGUGUCCACUUGUGUACUGAGACAGCCCAAAGGUUAAUUAGUAGUUCUUCUUUUUGUUCUGUGUUUUGUGUUGUUGUAAUCAGUUGUAUAGAAGAUGCAGAAGCAGGCAGAAUAGUAAUCAAGAUUUCAAGUGAACAAGGUAAAGAGAAGUCAAGAAAGUGAAAUAUAUGUAAUUUCAAGAUACUCAUUUUAGAGGCAAAGGGGAAGCUCUUUUGUUGUAACUUUUAUUGUAUGCUUUUAGCAUAAAGCAUUAUAUUAGUAAUAUAUGCAGCAGCUUAUUAGGUACAAAAAAAUGUUUUAAGUAUCUUUACCAUAUGUUAGGUGCUUCUACCUUUUUUUCAACUCUUUGUUGUAAUUGAUAAGGGCUAAUAUAAGUGUAUCAAUCAAAGAUGUAAAACAGACAGAAAAAAGGAGGAAAAUGGAGGAAGUUUCAUGCAUUUAGCAA